UGUUCCACAUCCCCUGGCAUAUAAUAAAAAUGCGUUUGGUUCCACUCUCCAAUCCCAGCCUCUAUCAGAGUAUCAUCUAGAUCCAGAUUCCUUCUGAUCCCUCUUCUUUCGGCUUCAAAUCAACUAUCUCUUCCUUGAGCUCUUUCUCUUUAACGGUUUUACCCAUUAAUUGUAGUUUCAUAGGCAUCCUUGAUUCUCUAGCGACGCCAUUUUACCUGAGUUCUCUGAAAUUUCUAGCUGGGGUUUUGGAGAUUUCAGAAUCUGUUUGAUUUCCAAAGGGUUUAUUCUAUCUGUAAAUUUUGGUGUGCACAGUAGUUUGCAUGAUCUCAAUUCAUCUUGGCCGAUUGUAAUUUUGAAUGGGGGGGUUUUCUUCUCCGAAUCAGUUCGCAUAUUCUCAUGUCUUUUGAUUCAUUCCUAAUCAAAGUUUAAUGUAUCAUGAUGAGGGAUCUAGAAUUUGGGUUCUCUUCUCUGAAUCAGUUUGGGAUACAGUUUUCAUGUUCUUAUAUCUCUUGGUUUAUUUCAAAUCAAUGUUUAAUGUAUUAGGAUGAGGUAUCUAGAAAUUGGGUUCCGAGCAUUAGAGUUCCCGAAUUUGGAUUUUGUUUUCGUGUUUCCAGGCUGAAAGUAAACUAUUGGACAACUUUGGAGGUAAAAACGACCUAUUUUUAUAUCAUCCUCACAUAGCUGGAUUAGCUGAAACUUAUCUGCUUCUUUAUUUGGUUCAAAUUAUUUUAUUGUCCAUUGAGUGCUUCUCUUGGGUGGGAUUUGGGAUAUGCAUUUUGAAGGUUGUGGAAUUUCUAAUAAAUGCUUAUUGUUUUAAUAACGGAUGUCACGUCUGUUUUCUUCAAUGGGAACAUCCUGUACUUGUUUGUUGUAUCAACAUGAAGGUGACACUAGGUUGAUGAAAAUAUCGUUUUUAUACUUAGAUGUUUUGUCUUGUAGUUGCCAUAUCUUCAGUUACUCUUUUUGACUGUGGGGUUGUUCAAUAAUUUAGAAAAUGUUCCAUUCAUUUGUCAUGCACUGUGGUGUUCCAAGUUUGAUUAUUAUUUCUGCUGUUGCUAAUUGAAAUGCCAUCACAUCAUUCAUUUGAACGAUGCUCAUUAAUACAAUUAAUUUAACAUAAGAAGAAAAUUGGGACUUUUUUAGUAGUAAUUUUCUAUUUAUAUACAGAUGAUGGAGAUGCUUUGAUGUGGGUACUUCUUGACUGUGGUAUCACGUUAUGCUUAUUCUUGAUUAAUUGUUGGGGAAGUUCUUGUUAUGCAUUAUAGCAUCAUCCUUUGGGGUAGUAUGUGUUGUUUGGGUUUUCUGUCUCCAUGUCCCCUUAUGCAGUGUAACCAAGUAUGACGCAUAUUAUCCAAUAAUUUUAUGAUUCUUAGUGGAAUGAUUUUCCUCCAUAAUUGUUAUAUGUCGGCCCAGUGCUAGGUAUGUCAUUAAAUGAAUAUGUUUUUUACGCUCUAGCUUAGGAAAGGAAGUGUUAUAACUUUCCUUUACCCCGAUUUUGAUAUUUCUACUGCCAUGCAUGCCACUUUUGAUAUUUCUACUUACAGUCCUGGUACAACUUCAUCAAUUCUUGAAUAUUUUACCCUUUUUUCUGUAUUUGCUUAAAACAUCUAAAAAUGUUAAGAUUUUUAAAUGGGUUUUUAUUUAUUAUUUAAUUAUUUUAUUUUUUUAAUACAAUAUGCCUUACAUCUUAUCCAAUAUGCUUUGCUUUGCUUUGCCUAAAGGAGUAGAAUGUCUUACCUUGGGCUUUUGCAUUUGAGAACAUUUUGUGCAAGUAUUUAAUAGUUAUUUAGAAGCAUGGGGGACCAGGACUUGAAAAAACUACUGCAACACUUUUACUUCGUUACCCUUCAACAUUAUGUUGAUACUUUUGGAAAAAUCUUUGAAGUUGGUAGGAUAUUGCCCAAAAAAAAGGGAGGAUGAUUCUUGUGCUUUAUAUAGGACAAUAUUUUCAAUUCUUUCUAAGUCACAAAAAAGAAAGACAUAAAGAAACCUUAUUUACUUUUUCUUUUUUUUAUGGGCAAAAAGAGGACAUGUAUUAAAGGCACCUUAAAACAGGUGAAACAAGUACACACGAAGUAUACAAACAAAGCCUAGUAAAGACAAACCCUUUUUUGGCCUUGAAUACAUCGUGUAUACUUUAGGCACGUUUUAGGCGCUUUUAAUACAAUUGCUUUUACCUAUCAAAAGAAAAAAAAAAAAAAGCCUAGUAAAGACAAAACGAUAAAGAAACCUUCUCCUUACUAGGAACACAACCAAUCUACAAAAUCUAACAUAGAAAGAGUGUGGUCCUCUAUAUACACCUUAACCCAAUUCACAAAAGUAUACAAAAAAACAGAUUUAAUGGCUUGAUCAGAUUGCUCCACAUCAUCGAAAGCCCUUCUGUUCCUUUACAAAUCCCAAAUAUCUAGAUUUUCUGUGUUUGAAAUACUGUUUAUUGUUUUUGCCAAAUUGCUAUUGGUAUAUUUCACCAAUGCCAACCAGACCUAGCACAGAUAAAUAAUUUUGAGGAAUUCUGGUGACUUCUAAAUGUCAAGAUUAAGUGAUUAACAUAGUUCCCCCUUUUGCAAAGAAGCCCUUGAACCAGCAAGUUAAAAGCAUUGUUAAUUGGAGGAUUUUAGUACCCAUCUUCAGUAAAUUUCAUGAGAUAUUGAGUUGUUUGUGUUGUUGUUGCAUAUGUAUGCAUCGGGUCACUCCCUCACUGAUUUUUGGCUUUCUCAAUCUCUUACCCUUCCAUAUCAGAUCUUAGUUUCUACAAUCAAUGCAAUCACAAAGCUGUGCAUGAAAAGAUUUGAGAGGCUGAAAGUUGUAUUAUUCAUCUAAAAUGCAGCUAGCUAGCUUUUCAAAUGACCAUUGGACUGUAGGGGUAGAGUUUCAUCCUGUAACAGCUCAUAAACAUUCCAUGGAACAUAUUUUGCACAGGAACCAAAGGAGAAGCAACGACUGGUCCACUGAUCAGCUGGAUGGCAAAAUAUCCUGAGGAGGAAAUACUUAAGUGUCAAAAUGGUACACAAGCGUCCUUUUGGUGAUGAAGAAACCUCCAACGUUGCUUGUAAGCACUCAAGACAACUGGAGCAUACUAAUCAUCUUGUGUCAAGUGCGGGGGUUGUUCCUUGUAACAUUGCUCCUCAGAGAACUCAACUUUCAGAUGGAGAAGGUGAGGACAGUUUUAGUAAGUCUCAAGAUGAAGGGAGAAAUGCAAUUGACUUGGUUACUGAUGUCUCAAAUGGGCCUGCCAAGGAUUUUGAAACCAGUGCCCUUGGCAGCAUUUCUGGCUUUUUGUGGCUUAAUAGCAGCACUAUUGAAGAAGAUAAAUCAGAGGCAGCAUUCCACUUAUCUUUUUUCCCAGAAUAUUUUGAAGCUGACCAUGGAGUAAGGGCAGUAAUUCAGCAUGAGGAUAUUUUCUCAUCCCUUUUGGAUCAUCCUCCACAGAAACUAGUUUCUAUUGGACCAGAACAUCAGGCUCUCAUUCCAGAAUGGGCCCCACAGCUGUUGGAGAACUCUUUAGAUUAUUCGGACACAUCUGGCUUCAUGAAUGGUGGCAAGGAGGAGGAGCUGAUGGGUACUAUUGUCAUUCCAAUGCCUGAUUGGGAACCACUUGCAUACAAUUUUUGCAAAGGGGGGGGAAUUGGAAAUGAGUGUAACUGCCUUCACGUGGGUUCUAUCAGCUGCACGAGACAACAUGUCAUGGAAGCAAGGCAGAGACUAAGAGAAAACCUUGGGCAGGAUAUGUUUGAGAAGUUGGGUUUCUGUGAUAUGGGAGAAGAGGUAGCAGAUAAAUGGAGUGAAGACGAAGAGCAUGCCUUUGAUGAGGUUGUCCUCUCCUAUCCUGCAUCACUGGAUAAGAACUUUUGGGACCAUCUUUCAGGAAUUUUCCCUUCACGAACAAAGAAGGACCUCGUUAGCUAUUACUUUAAUGUCUUCAUGCUUCGUAAGCGUGCUGAGCAAAACAGGUUUGACCCAUUAAACAUUGAUAGUGAUAAUGAUGAGUGGCAAAGAAGUGAACUUGGAAUGGUGGAGGAAGAUACGGGCUUCCUGGUGGAAUCUCAGAUAGAUCAAGAUACUCUUACUAAUUUUCAGGGGGAUCAUGCAGAAGGUUGCUAUGAAGACAUUAAAGGAUGAGAUAGAUGCUUAUAACAAUGAUGCUGCGAUUCUGUCACGGACAUCUAACUGGUGAAGAGGAUGAGGGAGAUAUAAAGGAUGUUUCAAAAGCACACAUCGGAAAUUCCUUUGGUGAUCAUGAUUUUGAGUUUUCCUUCCACUCGGUGACAGUGAUGACAACAAACACUUGCAUUGUGCAAUGAUUGAUGCAUUAGGAGAUGGAAGAGAGAGAGAGAGAGAGAGAGAGAGAGAGAGCCAUGUGAUUCAAAAUUUUGGUUACUUGAAUCACCAGGCUAGAGUAAUUUGUCUUGUAUAUAUGCUUUUGAUUGAAGAGAGAUUCCAAGAGGGAAUCCUGCAAAACUGUGAUGGGUGGCUAGGAUGUGGUAUCAGCCACAAAAAAUUAGUUUCGUUCUUCUUCCCCAACUCACCCUUGUCAUGAAGCAACCAUCAGGUCAGGCUGUUAAGAAAGAAUAUCUUGCAGUGACACAGUAUUUAAUUUGCCUUGAGGACAUUCAUUCGUGUAUGGUGGAAGCUGGGAAGCAUGACCGCACCUCCAAAUUGUGUUUAAUUUCAUUUUGUAUACAUUUUGAUUCCCAUUCUUUUUGUUGUACAUUUGUUAUUAAUUUAAACACACACAGGAUUCUCUUGACC